UAAUUAAUCUAUUUUUCUUAUAUGGUUGUUGUUCUAUAAUUAUAUUUGAUUAUAAACAUGCAAAAUGAUGAGAAGGUGGCGACUCACUUGCGUGGCCGACUUGCUUGUGAAUACAUUACCCUGUGUUUUCUGCCCCAACCUCUCACAGUAACAUCCUCAGCAUAAUCACCUCAGCCCGGACUUCUCUGUUCUAGCCCAGACAUGCCCGCUGGUUCCCUUUUUCAACUACGCUAUCAAGGCUAAACUGCUCAUCUGGCUUUGUUCCUUGUCGACAUUCUGUUCUUCUCACACCAUUUGUCGUUCCUCCAAUCUCUUGUUUUCCUUCUGCAUUGGCGCUCUUUUACCCGUCUCUUUGCAUCGAUUUCUUGAUAUCCUCCCCAUUGCAGGCACCGUGCCCAGGAAACUCUAUAAUAUUCAAUCAAGAAAACUGAGUCGCAAAUCAGUGGUACCGUGGGACCUAGUUCGUGUCAGGUUUCUUGUUUUGCCUGGAAACCAGCCUUGGUUGUCACAGGUCGCGCAAACAGACAGACUGUCUUGGGGUUAACCGCAUUGGGUACAAUGCGUUUCUGGGGGUUGGAGGGAGGUAGUUGACCUCUGUUUUGUAAUUCUAUCUUUUGUUUACCUUAUAUUGCUUUUUCUAUUUCUAUUUUUAUUUUUAUUUUUACCUUCAUGUUUUCAUGACUAUUUCGGCCUGCUGUGUGUCUCUAAUUUGAACAUUAUUCCCUGUUGUUUGUUGUUGCAAUUGUUGACAGCCUUGAAACCAAGCUUUUUAUCUCCGACUUUCGGCCUUUCAAGACGUCUAUAAUUCGCCUCUUCGUCUGGUUAAGUGAUGCCACACAACCGAUUCCUUCUACGUCUUCCGACUCCUCACCCUUCAGCGGUAGUCUAUAUUCGAGGUUCCUAGGGUAGCAGUUCUCGUGUUCUGGGGUUUUGUGAAAAUGCAAUCCCAAUUCCGGCAUGGGGAGCGAACACCGCUGACGCCCGCCCAGUCAGAAGGCAAAACAUCUGGGGUUUUCACAGGGCCAGCGACGAAUGAGACGCGGUUAAAACGGACUCCCAACCACGCCCUGCGAUCGGAGAAGCAAUCUUUGGGACAGCCUCAUUCAAGAUUGCAGGACGGAAAUGUACAAAAGGAGACUGCUACAGCAAAUGGAAGGCAGAGAACCAAUUCGCUUCGCCGUGUUAAGAAUAGUAGUGAAGUAUUGAGGCAGAGGGCUUUAAAACGUUCCGACACGAUCGAUGUUACGCCAGAGGGCAUUGGAACUGUAGGCCUGGGAGGUAGAGAAGCAAGACACUUCACGGUUGGGAACGUUGGUCAUAACGGGAAAUUGUACUUAAGACCCACGAACCAAGCCAGGCCGCAACCCUUUCCUCUCACCAAAACUCCUACCACACCUUCAAACAAGAAUUACUUACACCCAGAACCCACACCGGAGGAUAGAUGGGCUAGACAUAGCAUGUGGUCUGAUUCCCAACUGUCAGAAUUACGAGCUGAUAUAGUCCGCGAGGAUAGCAACGAAAGCAAAUAUGACAUCUCAACGACUCCGGACGACCAGGGGUCAAAGCGACACUCACUCGACGAUAUUCCGUCCGCGGAUUCGAGAAAUCGCAAAGAAUUGCGGAUCGUUAUUGAGCGCCCCGAACAUGAGCGCCCUAAAUCGGCCGGCCAGCCUUCCAUCCCGGCUAUUGAAGUCACAAUUCCACAUUUUAGACUUGGGGGUUUCCGAUUUACGCCAGAAGGUAACCCGACUCUCCGAAGCUCUGCCUAUACCAAAACAUCGGUAUCAGAGCACUUUCGAUCUUCUUCUAUGGCCACUGAGAGUGAUUAUGGUAUAAUGUCCCACGUGCCCCAAUCAUUAAACCAAUGUUCGCGGACCACUCGAACGUAUUCAGUUAUGCCAUCCGUACAUGCCAAGCCAAAGGCAUUCGGCGAAUUAUCCACUGCGGCACCAGUGCAGUCCCCUGUGUUCUACAAAUUGAGUGAACCAAUAGAACCUUCUAUUUUUGAUUUCCUGGUUCAAAUCAUGGAUGACCCAUCGGUUGUUCGCUAUGUCAAAGGAUCAAACGAGAUAUCUGCCGCAACUCCCGCUCGAAUAGUUGCUCAGAUUUCAUCGGACACGUUUAUGGACUACGAAUUAGUAUCUGACUUCUUCCUAACAUUUCGGUCUUAUCUUUCGCACAGUAACCUCCUUUCGCUUCUGCUAGCGAGGCUUCAAUGGGCGAUCAAUCGACUGGAGGAUGACGGAAGGAUUAUCCGGAUUCGCACGUUCGCAGCUCUAAGGCAUUGGAUUCUUAAUUACUUUGUCGAUGAUUUCGUUAUCAAUCGUGACCUUCGGGUUCAAUUCUGCAAAAAACUCAACCAAAUCUAUGAGAAUGUCAGAAGCUGCAGCAACAACAGCUCGAGUGAUCUCAAAAUCCUUCUUGAUUUGAAACGGUGCUGGAACGGCAGAUGCGCUCUGUAUUGGGACUCCCCAAACUUUGUUAAUGACACUCAUCCUGAUGAUAAAGUUGCCCCCGGAGGUGUUGCUGGCUCCAGGGAUGCCCGCCUAAGUCGCUUAAGCGGCAUACGGGACCCAUCUCAUAUUAUCGAAUCACAAGCUGCAGGUGUGGUACCACUGAGUCCCGCCUCACCCAUGAAGGUCGCCGAUUAUAAAGAGGGAGACGUUCAGUUUCCACAUUCUCAUACCCACAACUUUUCGACAGCGUCUGCUCGGGAUCUACCACCAUCAUCGGAGAGCGUAAAGAGCAUACAAACAACUUCGUGUUCGUUCCCGUCUAAAGGACAGAAACGCGAGUCCACACACUCGACCCGCCCAAAAGGCCCACAUCCCGUAUUAGUGGCAUCUGCAGCGCGUAGUUCUCAUACAUCCGCUGACACUCAAGCAACGGCACCUGUGAUUCCCAUAUGGCGUCGACCCGCUCAUUCCCACAAGCGAAGUGGAAGCUUCUCCGAUUCUGUACGAGAUGACCGGGCACCCUUACCAGCAUUAAACCUAGACACUCAGGGACAAUCGCUCCUCCAAACUUUACCUUACCCCGAAAGUAUAAUACGUGGUAAUGCCUAUGCUCCGGUGGAUCCAUCCGUUGUGACAAUCGUACCUCCGUCGCCCCCCCUUGAAACGUCUCAAUUCCAUUUUCUACAUCAGGAGCUAAGUCCAAAGGGCGAUAAUAGUGUAAAACCUGCACCAGGUGUCAAAACCUUCAUUGGCACAAUUCGUCGAGCUCUACAUAAUAGACAAAGUGGCAAUUCUUCAAGCCCACAGGCAGCACACCCCAGUAUGUUGCCGUCACUAAAAGGAAAAACUUCUGCACUCCCUCUUAACAUCGGGGUCGGAGGCGAUGUAUACAAGGAAAGACGGUCAGGCCCAGAUGCUAGAGUUCCUCCGCGGGUUGACAUGCUGUGUGAUGACGCUCUCCAGUGCUAUCGCCAAGUUCUUAUGCGAGAACCGCUGAAUUCAGGUCCUGUAUCUGAAGUCAUAGCAACUGGGGAACUAGGAAAAGACAGAUUGCCAAUGUCUGCUGUUAGAUUAAUUCCGGAAAGCCACGUUGGAUUCGGCCUCGGGUUGGGUAGAAUAUCAAGCCAACUAACAACGGGAAGCAAAUCGAUUGUUAUAGUGGACGACACUCGUCCUGCUGUCCCGCUAAUGUCUGGAGCACUGCAGACGUUUCCAAAUGGUCCCCACCACUUCCAAGAAUCACCAUUGCACAAUUUUGAGGAGGCGAUCGAUGCGUCGUCUCCUAUUUCACAUCCAGACGCUUUGGUUGGUGUUCCUGGGCCCUCGUUGGAACGGUAUGAUGUAACUUCCAUAUCUACAAGUCGAGAUUCACGGCAUUCAGAAGACUACGUUAGAUUUUGGGAUAAGCGAUCCUCUUCUGUAGUUCGCAGUGGGUCGAAAACCCCGGGACGAUCGGAAUCGGGAAGUAGGCUGCGGAGGUAUGCAUCUUAUCAUAACGGGAUGAUAAAUCUUAGAAAACACCCAAGCAUUGACUCGACGGGCGAGGCUGCGUCACGCGGCGAAUCUUCACGUGGGUCAGGAGAGAAGCUUCCUACUCGAAUGCUUCGCCGUCGUCCUGGUGGGGAUCUUAGGAAGAUCCGAAACGUCCAUGACCUUCAAGCGGUACCUAGAGCGCGAUCCUUUGCAUCUAGGACGUCGUACACGGAUUCAAUGGCAGAAUCUCUCUUAUUUUUGAAUAGCGACGGUUCGGCAGGAAUUCCACCAAGUGGAAGGCGCGGACAUGAAGAAAUUCUCCUUCCCAUGGAACGUUACUCGGCUGCUGGAACACGUCCCUCGCAACAGAUACGAGCCUCCUUUGAGGCUGCAGUUGCACGAUUCGCUAAGAUCCCUGACGAUGAAGAUGGAGGUAUCGAAUCGACCCUUCUUAAAUUGGAGGGCAAGUGGGAAAGACCAUCGCCAAGUACCCCUCGAGACUCUCAAGGUCAACUUAGCACAGGCGAUAUCCUCACGGAUAAACACAACGAUCGCAAUGGGGAAUUCUAUCGUCACCAGUCCCUUGCCGAACCGAGCAUUCUACCUACAUACCAAUCGGACAAUGGUCGGACGUUGUCCGCACUUACUGCUCCCGAUACAGAAUCGUUCAUAGGUUCUGAGGAUUCGUAUUGCUCAAUCCCCCUCCUUGAGCGUGGUUUGAGCGACGAGUCGAUGAAAAGCCCUGUUUUUAGUCCACCAAUCCCUGUCCCACAGCCCUUAUUUAGCCCGGAUGACGAUCCAGUGACUGACAAACUCGAGUCGUCUCAUCCAUCAAUUGAUAUGGUGGAAGAGACGGAGAGUCUGAAACGGAUCCCACAGGGCUCCACAGCUCCAAGACCCCCUACAUUAUCCUCUUCACUACACAAGCCAAAUGACGAUAAUGAUAAGGGUGACGAUGAUCACGGCUACGGCUCCGAGCUUUCCUCAGAAAUAUCAGUCAUUGAUAAGGACGAAGCGGUUGACAGGUAUUAUGGAACAGGCACGAUUACUGGCAUGGACGCAGCGCUACCGGGUCUGGGUGUUAUUUCACAUCCCUUGACGCACCCUCCCUCUCCGCCGAUGACUGCACGGUAUCACGGCUCGACGUCGUCUUAUGCUGCUCCUGUGGACACGGUCCCAUUCCAAAGGCAACCAAUUACACCUGACUUGUCACCCAGUUGUAAAAACCUUCCUAGCACUACCACACAACGAACGCUAGACAUGCAACACCUUUCGAGUAAUAUCUUGUUUAGCUCUGAGGGGCAAACGUACGUCAAAGAAACCCCGGCCAUGGUAGCAUCGAACCAUCAUCAUCUGCCAUUCAUUCUAGCAUGCGAAUCCCUCACUCUUGCUCAGCAGUUCACCCUCGUUGAGAAGGCUGCACUGAACGAGGUUGACUGGAAGGACCUGGUUGACAUGAGAUGGAGUCAGUCCUCGCAGUCAACACUCAACUGGGCAGACUACCUUUCGCAACAUGAUCGCAGGGGAAUUGAUAUUGUUGUUGCUCGUUUUAAUCUCAUGGUGAAAUGGGCAGUCUCGGAGGUUGUUCUGACAAGGAAUAUAACUGAGAGAGCGCAAACGAUCACCAAACUUAUCCACGUGGCCGUGCACUCGAGGAGGCUUCGAAACUACUCAGCUAUGCUUCAAAUCACAAUAGCACUCUGCUCAGUUGAUUGUACGAGGCUGACGAAGACUUGGGAGCUUGUCGCGGACGGCGAGAAGCAGCUGCUUAAGGAUAUGGAGACACUAGCCCAGCCCAUUCGUAAUUUCCAAAAGCUGCGGUUGGAGAUGGAAUCCACGAACCUACAAGAUGGGUGUGUUCCGUUUGUCGGCCUCUACGUCCAAGACCUGACCUACAACUCCCAGAAACCUGCUCAAAUAGCGAGUACACGAGAUGGUGAGCCGCUUGUGAACUUCGAGCGGUAUCGCACUGCUGCAGCGAUUGUGAAAAGCUUGCUUCGCCUCAUCGACGCUAGUACAAAAUACACAUUCGAGCCUGUCUUUGGGGUCAUCGAACGCUGCCUCUGGAUCUCUGCGCUACCUGACGAGAAAAUCAUGGCUCUGAGCAAAGACCUUGCGUAGUGAAUACGCCGGUGUACUUUCUUCUACAACUUACCUACAUGGUAUUCAUGAAUAUCUCCACCUCCAUAUAUUCGUUUUGACCAGCGGCUUUUCUUCCUUCCUCCUUUCCACUUCUAUAUCUAUUUUUUUUUAAUUUACUUGAACGAGUUUCUUUAUAAUCGUUAUUUUCUAGGGGGCGGAUUGCGAUUUAUUUACUUAAGCAUUGUAUCAAUAAGUUAUUACUGUGGCAUUUUCAACUUUCUGCAUGGCAAUAUGCUUGUUUUUCAACGUUCUAGUUUCUCUUUGCUUCUUCUUCUGUUUUGCUUGAUAGAUAGCAUUUCGUCUCAAUUGUUUGUUUAUUUGUGUUUGGUUAUCAUAGAUUUAUUGGAAUGCAUGUAACGCAUUUAGCCGUUGUUGCCUUCACUGUGAGGUCUAGAUGGGGUUUUCAGAAGGAGGGGUGGGUUUCAGCGGGCCUCACUACCAAGUUGCCACUGUAAUAUUUAAUCGUGAUAAUAAUAUUGCGUGAUAUAAAUAAUUGGGCGCCUAGAUAUUGUGGCGGACAUAUUGCUUGCGAAAACAGAAUUUUCCCAGCACCCCCUGAAAAUUAGUAGCAAAACAUCACAAAAAAAUCAAAAUAUUCACAUUUCUCUAGAAUCAUUCAAUAUCAUUCAAUACAUGUCUUUUUCAAUCAAAUAUCAUUCAAAUACACAUCUUUCUUAUCUUUAUCAUGAAUAU